AUGGAAUUACUACCCGAAGGACAAAGAAACACAGCUACCGAAGUAAGUUGGGAAGACCAACAAAGGAUUAAUAAAUUCUCAACCAUAAUAUCCAAAAAGGAUCAACAACAAGCAAUACUAGACAAAUUAAAAAUUGAAAAAGAAUAUCUUGAUGAUUUAUCUACUGAAUUGGAAUUGUUAGAUGAAGAUGAGCCAAUACAAUAUAAAAUUGGCGAUGCUUUUGUGUUUAUGAAAACGAGUAAAGCUUUAAUUAAAAUCGAAGCCGAUGAUAAAGCCUUAUCGAAGAAGAUUGACCAUGUUGAGGAACUAAUUGAUAGUUUUGAUGAACAAUUGGGGGAAUUGAAGAAGCAUUUGUAUGGCAAGUUUGGAAACAAUAUCAACUUGGAGAGGUAA